UUCUAGGAGCCGUGACGUGCCAGACCCCUGUGCUGCUGCAGUCCCAGCCUGAUGGAGCCAGUGCUGGCAGAGGUCCCUCCGCAAGGCAGCCAGCUGAGGCAGGUGCAGGAGUGCUAGUGGGACGUGGAUGGUGGCGUGUGCCACCCUAGGAGGGACGAUGGCUCAGGGCGCCGGAAGCAUCAACAGCGACUACAAGGACUGGGAGUGGAGCGCCGAUGCUGGAGAACGGGCCAGGCUCCUGCAAAGCCCCAGCGUGGAGACGGUGCCGAAGAGUGGAGAGAGCCAAGGAAACAGCCUGGGGGCCACAUCGGCUUUGGGAGCUGUCUUCAUCGUGGUCAAUGCUGCCCUCGGGGCUGGGCUGCUCAACUUCCCCGCUGCCUUCAGCAUGGCUGGUGGCGUGGCUGCGGGCAUCGCACUACAGAUGUGCAUGUUGAUCUUCAUCAUCGGAGGCUUGGUCAUCCUGGCAUACUGCUCGCAGGCCAGCAACGAGCGGACCUACCAGGAGGUUGUGUGGGCUGUCUGCGGGAAGGUGCCUGGUGUGCUGUGCGAGGUGGCCAUCGCCAUCUAUACCUUUGGCACCUGCAUCGCUUUUCUCAUCAUCAUUGGAGACCAGGAGGACAAGAUCAUUGCUGCUCUGGUGACGGAGCCUGAGGAAGCUGGGAGCAGCCGCUGGUACACGGACCGCAAGUUCACCAUCAGCAUCACCGCCUUCCUCCUUAUCCUGCCCCUAUCCAUCCCCAAGGAGAUCGGCUUCCAAAAAUAUGCCAGCUCUCUAAGCGUGAUUGGCACCUGGUACGUCACUGCAGUCAUUAUCAUCAAGUACAUCUGGCCUGACAAGGAGCUGGUGCCUGUGGAGAUCCCCACCAGCCCCUCCACCUGGACAGCUGUCUUCAAUGCCAUGCCCACCAUCUGCUUUGGUUUCCAGUGCCACGUGAGCAGUGUGCCCGUCUUCAACAGCAUGAAGCAGCCGGAGGUGAAGACCUGGGGGGCAGUGGUGACAGCGGCCAUGGUGAUCGCUCUCUUCGUCUACACGGGCACUGCUGGUGGGCCCAGGUCAGCUACGGGGUGUUCAUGGUCACCCUUGGAGCCUUCAUCUUUGGACAGACCACUGCCAACGCCAUCUUUGUGGAUCUCACAGCCUGACUCCUCCUCUGGGCUGGACUGCACUGCUGCUGCUGAGGGGAUACAGAUUUCCCCUAGGACCAAAGGGAAGCGGGGAGAAAACACAUUGGUGUGUUGGGAAGAUCCAAGAGGAGCGUUGUAAUCUGGGGCUUGGCUGAAGAGCCCCAUGGUGGUUUGUAUCUCAUUGUCUUAACGUACCAGGCAGUCAGGCUUCUCCUCUCAGCCCUGACUUCCUGGUGAAGCCAGAGCAUCGCUACAAGGGAUCUUGUAGUCCAGGUCAAGCCCUUUUUGCCCUUCUGGGGUAGACAACACUACCUUAGACAUCACUAAGGGGUUGUGGCUGGGGUUUGCGAAGGCAUGCUGCUCUCACCUGUAUACCCCUGUGCUGAUGCAGCUCCUCUCCAUAGUUAAACUCCUUCUCCCAGUGUUGAAGGAAGACAGUAUGUCUUACAUAAAGGAAACUAGUAAUUGUGUUUAUCAGGCAGGGUGACAUCGCCGUAGUCCUCUUCUGUGUCAUUGUUUGCUUUGGUUAGAACUCUGCUUUCCUGUGGCUCAUCUCACAGGUCUCCUGCCCUUA